AACAACAACAAGAAGAGGAGCGAGUGAGUGUGAUUGAUUAUUGAUCAGUCACUGAUGGUGACUCUGUCUCACUGUGAUGAUGAUGAUGAUGUGAACUCCAGGAGCUUUACUGAAACACAGCAGCUGUAAACGCUUCACACUCCCUGAUUGGCCCGAUCUGCCCUCACGUGGAAGAUGAUCAGGAUGUCAUUGGACAAAGAGACUGUCCUCCCUCACGAGGUCAGCCCUGCCUUCCCCGCCACCGGCAGCCUGUCGGAGCAGCCGCAGCUGGCUAAGUCCCGCCCCCUGCGUCCUAAGAAUGGCCUCCAUCCGCCAGGCAACAGUCAGCCCCACCUCACCGCCGCAUCCGCCGCUCCCCCGACCCAGCGGCUCGCUAAGAGGCGAUACUCCGUGGGCGUCGGCUUCAAGGGGCUGGCCAAGCGGCGGCGGCGCGCCAACAGCGACAGCCAAUCAGAGCCCGUGCUGCCAAGUCACUUCAUGUUGGGCGGGAACAUCUUUGACCCGCUGAACCUCAACUCGCUGUUGGACGAAGACGUCAACAGGGCGACCAAUAAGGAGACUCCACAGUGCUCGCCCCUGCCGUCUCGGGGCGGAGACCCUGUAGAGAUCUUGGUUCCCCGUGACAUCACGGACCCCCUGAACCUGAAGGGAGGAGGCGCGGACGGGAAGGGGGGCGGCGGAGUCCUGCUGUCCCCUCUGAAGUCCAGGAGGAGACACAGGAACAGACACCACGGAGGAGGAGCAGGAGCAGGAGCAGAGAGGGAGGUGGCACCAGCUCGUCUGUUCCCGUCCACAGCUGGAGCGACAGCUGACGUUCCUCUGUUGACCACAGAGGGCGGCGUUGUGGCGUCUCCUCUCCCCUGUGAACUCAACACGGCCAUCACCUGUCGAGACGACGUAGCCCCGCCCCCCAUCCUCCCCAGGAGACACACGCAUCCUCCGCCGGGUCACGCCCACAACCAGGGCGAUGGUCGCCAACGGAGGCGGCGCCGCACCACCUCCAUGAGGUCUGAUACCACGGCAACCACAGCUCAGCCAACCAAAUUCCAGACGCCGCUGGUGGGAGGGGCUAAAGCUGGCAGGUGUGGAGGACCUCAGACUGGCUCCGCUCAGCCACCAGAGAAGAAGAAGGACAAGCACCGCUACCAGUACGGCAACCGCAGCUGUCACUACGGCUACCACGGCUUCUACGGCGACGGGUGGGAGGGGCGAGUCGGCGCCGAGGAGGACCCGCGGCUCCGCCUCCUGGAAGCCGAUUGGUUCAGGGACAAGAAGGUGCUGGACGUGGGCUGCGGCGCCGGUCACGUGACGCUGGCCGUCGCCCGGCGGUUCGACCCCGCCCACAUCCUGGGGGUGGAGCUGGACGACUGGUUGGUCCACGCCGCGAAGCAGAACGUCAGGCACUUCCUGUCACAUGACGUGGUGGUGGAGGAGAGGAGGAGGCGGGGAGGAACGGCAGGACCAAUAGGAGGAGAGGAGGAGGAGGAUAAGGAGGUGGAGGAGGCGACGCUAGCGAUGGAGGAGAUCCAGCGGUCGCUCCUCUCCCUCCCCCUGUCCUUCAGGGUGAGUCGAGGGCCCCUCGCCGCUCCUCCUCUCCUCCUCCCGCCAUCGUCCUCCUCCUCCAGGUUCCCCAACAACGUCACCUUCAUACAGGGCGACUACGUGUCGGAGCAGGAGGCGUGGCCUGGGCGGGGUCAGUACGACGUCAUCGUGUGUCUGGGCGUGACCAAGUGGGUGCAUCUGCAGUCUGGCGACGGGGGCGUGGUCAGGCUGUUCAGACGAGCCUAUCAGAGCCUGUCGCCGGGCGGAUUGUUCAUCCUGGAGCCGCAACAGUGGAGCAGCUACAUCCGCAGCAAGAGGGCCUCGGCGUCGACGUACCGUCACUACAGGACCGUGAGGCUGAGACCCGAACACUUCACCCGCUACCUGACCGACAGCGUGGGCUUCACCUCCUACAGACUCAUCACACACACAGGUAACCAGCGGCCGAUCUACCUGUUCCACAAAGGCCCCGCCCAGAGGAAGUGAGGUCACCAGGACAGGACGUGAUUCUCUAAAGGCGCCAUCCUCCUGUCUCCGUGGCAACAGCCCUGGACUGUGACUGACAGCCGAGAGAAGAGGGAGCUGAUUGGAGUUUAUUUUAUUUUAUUUUUUUACCGUGAGCUCGUGGCUGAUUGGCUGGACAAUGGAGCUGGUUUUGAUGACGUCACAGAGGAGGUGAAUGUGAUUGGUUGACACAGGCUCAUCGAGCCGAAACAAAGGAUUGUGGGUGAGCGUCCUUGCCCCCCCCCCCCCCAUUUUGAACUCUGGUCCUGGACUUGUAAUUGGACCCUAGACCCUGACAGGAAGUGACACAACACAAACAUCACUUCCUGUUUUACCGCUUCAGUUUUUUUUGUCUAAAUAAAGAGAAUUGAUCUGUGCA